AUGGAGACCACGAGUGGUGGGCGCGAUGCUAAACCACCGUCGAUACCAUCGACGAUAAUCUCUUCCUCUUCCUCUCAUCAUCAUCAUCAUCACAUCAUCAAUAAUAACAACAACAACAAAAAUCGAAACGGUGGAGUCAAAUCGAGAGACGCUGGAGCAGCGUGGAAAAACAAACUCCGAGAAGAAGUUUUACGACGCGUCAAGGAAAAUAGAAACGAGAUCCUCUCCGCCGCUCGAAACAACCGCUCGGCAUUGAUGGAGAAAAUAUUAUCCACAGAAAUGACUCGCUCGUGCGUAAAACGAGGACGAGGAGAAAGAUUUGACGCGGUUGUAUCGUCCUCACCAAUCGAAGAAGAAGAAGAAGAAGAAGAAGAAGAAGAAGAAGAAGAAGAAGAAGAAGAAAUAAAAAGCGAAAAGAAGACAAAAAUGUUAUCAACGACGAUGAGAAGAGAAGCACCGUCGCCGACGUCAUCGGUCGACAGUCGCUCGUGGGACGACGUGCUCGCCACCUCGUCGUCGACGAGAGAAAUCUCGAAAGAGGAAUACGACGAGUUGAUUAACGCGAUGUUGAUGAAGUUUGAAGCCGAAGCGAAAGAGGAGGAAGAGGUACUCUUAGCAGAACAAAAAUACGCCAUAGACGAAGCGGACGAGAGGGAACUUGACCUCGCGUUAGAGCAAAUGCAAGCGUGGGAAAUAGAUGAUCGUAAUUCGGAUCCGAACGAUCCAGUUGUCUUAUGUCCUCUCUGUAAAACGCGGCGAUUGCUCACGUCGCCAGGUUCGAACAAAUCGCGCGUGUUUUGUGGGUGCGAAAACGGAUUUCGCAUCGAUAUCGACGGCGGUCUCGUUUUCCUACGCGACCGACUCGCGAGUGCGUUUGAGAACCAUCGCACGUUCACGAUGGAAGAAGGUGAAAAUUUCUGCGCAGAAGUUGACUUGACGUUUCAGUUUGGCCAUCAUCAAGGACCGACGACGGUAAAGGGGGGUUCGUCGACGAUGGACGAGUUGAACCGCGUUUUGUUCGCCUCGUGUAACUCGUGCGGUUUCCUAGAAGCAAUAAUAUAG